UUUUCUCUCUCUCCCCCACCUGGUUUUUUCAUCCCUCUAGAGAUGUAUGGGAAUGGAGGAGGCUCGUAUUUCAGUAGCUCUACAGAAAACACACAAGAUAUAUCUGGGAUUCGGGUGUUUAUAAGUCCUAUAGGCAUAUUUAGGAGUAUCCAGUUUAAAUAUGGAUCCUCCUGGAGCGAAAGACUUGGAGUCUUAGGUGGGCGUGCCCAGGAAUUCAUCCUGCAGCCAGAUGAAUACAUCAUAGGGGUGUACGGCACGCACAGGAUUUACCUCCGCUACAUGGUCAUAUAUACCAACCUCGGGCGCUGGGCCGCAUUUGGGAAGGAAGAAGGCCGCAGCUUUGUCGCCUACCCUGAUCAGCCCGACAAGGUGCUCACAGGACUCUUCGGCCAGCAUCGACCCCUUGGCAUCACGGGCAUCGGUUUUCAUUGGGAUUAUCCUCUGGUAGAUCCGGUCACUGAACAACCACAGACCACCCAGAUGAGUCAAGCAUCAUCCACAUAA